GCCCCCGCUAUGGCCGCCGCCGGCUGCCGGGCUUGGGGCCCUGGAGUGCAGCUUUGAGUGGGCCCGGCUGCUGGGCCGCCGGCUCCGGCGCAUGGGCCUCCGAGGCGGGGCCGCGUGCGCUCGGGCCAUGGCGCGUCUGGGCGCGGUGCGCUCGCACUACUGCGCGCUGCUGCUGGCCGCGGCGCUGGCGGUGUGCGCCUUCUACUAUCUGGGCUCGGGGCGGGAGACCUUCUCCAGCGCCACCAAGAGGCUGAAGGAGGCCCGCGCCGGGGCCGCCGCACCCACGCCGCCCGCGCCGGAGCUGGCCCGGGGCUCCAUGGCGCCGGCCUCGGGUGCCAAGGCCAAGAGCCUGGAGGGCGGCGUGGCGGGUCCAGUGGACUACCACCUGCUGAUGAUGUUCACCAAAGCGGAGCACAACGCGGCGCUGCAGGCCAAGGCUCGAGUGGCGCUGCGCUCCCUGCUGCGCCUUGCCAAGUUCGAGGCGCACGAGGUGCUUAACCUCCACUUCGUGAGCGAAGAGGCCAGCCGCGAGGUGGCCAAGGGCCUGCUGCGGGAGCUCCUGCCGCCCGCCGCCGGCUUCAAGUGCAAGGUCAUCUUCCAUGAUGUUGCUGUGCUGACAGACAAGCUCUUCCCUGUCGUGGAGGCCAUGCAGAAGUACUUCAGUGCUGGCUCAGGGACCUACUACAGCGACUCCAUCUUCUUCCUCUCAGUUGCUAUGCACCAGAUCAUGCCCAAAGAGAUCAUGAGGAUCAUUCAGCUGGACCUUGACCUGAAGUAUAAGACCAACAUCCGAGAGCUGUUUGAGGAGUUUGACAACUUCCUGCCAGGUGCUGUUAUCGGCAUAGCCAGAGAGAUGCAGCCUGUGUACAGACACACUUUCUGGCAGUUCCGCCAUGAGAACCCCAACACCAGAGUUGGGGACCCUCCGCCUGAAGGACUCCCUGGCUUCAACAGUGGAGUAAUGCUGCUGAACCUGGAGGCCAUGCGCCAGUCUCCACUCUACGGCCAUCUGCUGGAGCCUGCGUGGGUACAGCAGCUUGCUGACAAGUACCACUUCCGGGGCCACCUGGGGGACCAGGACUUCUUCACCAUGAUUGGCAUGGAGCACCCUGAACUCUUCCAUGUGCUGGACUGCACCUGGAACCGGCAGCUGUGCACCUGGUGGAGGGACCAUGGCUACAGCGAUGUUUUCCAGGCAUACUUUCACUGUGAGGGCCACAUCAAGAUCUACCAUGGCAACUGCAACACGCCUAUCCCGGAGGACUAGGCACCAGCUCACCCGCUGUGCCAGUGGGGCUCCCGGGCCUGGGGAAGAAAGAGAGACUCUGCUAGGUGGCCCUUUAGGGGCCAGGUGCUGCAGACCUCCCAGUGGUAGCCUGUCCAGCUGCCAUCCAAAGAAGCUCAGCUGAGCCCUGCUGGCGCUCAGGCUGUUCCUCCAGGGCAUCCUGAAGGACAGAGGCAGGUGUCUUCCAGUAGGUGGUUGAAGAUAUGAAAGGAAGGAGAAUUGCACCCUUGUCCACAUGGAAUCAAAACCUUUGUGAAGAACUGGCUUUUGUUAGACCAAAUAAGCAUUUUGAGCAGCAGGCUCUAAUGCUGUGAGCAAACAGGUGGGUGCUGCUAUGACCCGCAGUGAGCACGGAAUUCAUGGGUCAGGGUUUUAACAGGAGCCCAGAGCUUAAGCCUCUGAAGAAAUGCCACAAUCCCACAUCCUUUCCCAGGAGGCUUUGCACCUCCUCCGGAUGUUCAUGUUCAUGGUGCAGGCUUCCAGAGCAGUGUCUCUUUAGAUAAGCCUGGGCUAUAAUAAUCCCUCAUUAUAGUGUUCCCAGCUCUUAUCCCACCAUAUCCCAGAAGCACAUCUUCUCUUGUCCAUCUGCCUGCUCCAGGUGACCUGACAAUACUAAGGAAUCAAGUCUAUCCUCAAGGAGCACUAGAUUCACUCAAGGAGCAGCCUACCAGCUCACAAGUACAACUGGGUAGGCUUGGGAAGGGUUGGCCUCCUGGUCCCAUUGUAGUCUCUGGAGAGGAAAAAAAAAAACAAACUCCUAAUUUCCACUGCACCAUGCAGCCCCUACCCCUUCCCAGAAGUGAGUGCCAUUUCUCGGUGUGCUUGGGAAGUCAGCAGCUCACAUGAAGUCCCCACAGGCCACGUCUGUACAGUCCAGCUCAUGUCCCAGGCAAGAAAUGUGAGAUUCUUAUUGUAUAUUCUUUCAGUACCACGAGUGACACUAGCUAAUAAAUAGUCUUUGAGAA